AUGAGCAGGGUUGUGAUUUCUUCUCCAGGAGAUCUUGAUUGUGGUGGUUUAGUGAGCCAUCAGUUGGAUGUCCCUGACGCAACUGGGAAGGUAAUCUUCCCUUCUUCUCGUUCUCAUCAUGGAAAUGAAGAAUCGGAAGGCAACAUUACACUGGAUAUACUGGAGACAGCCAAGGAACUAAUUAUGUACAUGGACGUACCUGCGGAGGAUGAAAAAUUACUGGAGGUGAGAAGCAAUGGGAAGAGGAAGCAUGAGGAAAAUGAGGAGGAAGGUUGCAAGUACCUGAGAUUGGAAAGGAGACCUCCUCAGAAGCUGAUCACAGUUGCAAUCACAGUUGCAGGUGACGUUUGGAAAAGAAAAUUCAAGAAAUCACAGUUGCAGGUGGCGUUCGGAGGUUAG